AUGGGAUUUUUUAGCCUAGAUUGUGGAACAUCCAGUGAUUCCAACUACACUGACAAGAUAACAGGCAUAGAUUACAUGUCAGAUGCAUACUUCAUUGAGACUGGUGUCAACAAUAAAAUAUCAUCUGCAUAUGAAAAUGAUAAUCUAGAACAGCAAUUUUUGUAUGUCAGAAGCUUCCCUGAAGGUAAAAGAAAUUGCUACACUCUAAAACCUGAAGGUGGCUAUUCUAAGUUUUUGAUCAGGGCAAGAUUCAUGCAUGGAAAUUACGAUGGCGAAGGCAGUACACCAAGUUUUGAUCUAUUUCUUGAUUCAGAAGUGUGGGAUUCAGUGGAAUUGUCAAAUCCAUCCACUAUCGUCAACAAGGAAAUUAUCCACACCCCCAAGAACAAUUAUAUUUAUGUGUGUCUUGUAAACACAGAUUCCGGAACACCUUUCAUUUCAGCUUUAGAAUUAAGGCCCUUGAAAAACACCACUUAUGUAACUCAAUCAGGAUCUUUGCAACUCAAAGGGAGGUGGUAUGCUGGUGCAGCGACCAAUGAGAACAUCAGGUAUGGAGAUGAUGUUCAUGAUCGCAUAUGGACGCCCUGGGGAUCAAACAGCUGGGAAACAAAAAGUAGCACCAAGUCAAUCAAUUUAAUCAAUAGUGCUUACGAUUUACCAUCCAGAAUCAUGAGCACUGCUUACAUGCCAGCAAGUGGUAAAAAUUAUAUUGAUUUCGUUUGGGAAACUAAUGAAACCAAGUCGACUUAUGUCUACUUGUACUUUGCCGAAGUUGAAGUGAGACAAGCCAACCAGACUAGAGAAAUGAACAUCUAUUCAAACGGACGGCUUUGGUAUGGACCCUUUACACUCUCGUCCCUUUACAUAACAACAUUAGAAAGCACAGGUCCGAUACUUGGAAAGAAGAUUAUCUACGAAAUUGACAAGACUGAGAAUUCAACUCUACCACCCAUCAUGAAUGCCAUCGAAAUAUACUGGGUAAAAGAGUUCUCUCAAUUGCUAACUAACCAGCAAGAUGUUGAUGCUAUCAUGAUGAUCAAGAGAAAAUAUGGAGUAAAAAGAAAUUGGCAAGGAGAUCCAUGUGUACCUAAACUUUACAUGUGGCAAGGUCUUGAUUGCAGCUAUACUGCUUAUGAACCCCCACGGAUCAUAUCCCUGAACUUAUCAUCAAGUGGAUUGUCUGGUCAGAUAAUUCCUUAUAUAUUCAGUCUCACAGCCAUACAAUCUCUGGAUUUGUCAAACAAUUAUUUGACAGGACAAGUGCCAGAUUUUCUAUCGGAGCUGCAAUACUUGAGAAUGCUAAACUUGGCAGGAAACAAUCUCAAAGGUUCAAUCCCAGCUGGACUCAAAGAAAAAGAGAAGAAUGGUUUGCUGUCAUUAAGUGUGGAUGGAAAUUCAAAUCCUUGUCCUCCGGUUUCAUGCAAAGAGCAAAAGAAGUUUAACAUUGUGCCUGUGGUGGCAUCAGUUGUUUCUGUUUUGGUAGUUUUAGCUGCAAUAUUGGCAAUUUUGUGGAUCCACAGAAGGAGAAAAGUGGGGAAGAAGGGGUCAUUGGAGUUAAAAAAAAGAAGGUUCACAUACUCAGAUUUGGUGACAAUUACAAAUAACUUUGAGAGGGUUCUCGGGAAGGGAGGAUUUGGAGCAGUCUACCAUGGUUACUUGGACAAUACUCAAGUAGCUGUUAAGAUGCUCUCGGCAUCAUCAGCUCAAGGAUACAAGGAGUUUCAAGCUGAGGUUGAACUUUUACUCGAAGUUCAUCAUAAAAAUUUAACAAGUCUUGUUGAGUAUUGUGACGAGGGCAAAAAUAUUGGACUGAUCUAUGAGUUCAUGGCUAACGGAAACUUAGAAGCACAUCUCUCAGGAAAAAAUGAAAAUGUCUUGAAAUGGGAAGGGAGACUACGAAUAGCAACAGAGGCAGCACACGGACUCGAGUAUUUGCAUAGCGAUUGUAGGCAACCCACUGUACACAGAGAUGUGAAGUCUACCAACAUCUUAUUGAAUGAAAAAUUUCAGGCGAAAUUAUCUGAUUUUGGCCUUUCCAGAAUCUUCCUAGUUGAAAGUGGAACUCAUGUGUCAAUAACUAAUAUUGCUGGAACCCCUGGAUAUCUUGACCCUGAAUACUACAUAUCAAAUAGGUUAACAGAAAAAAGUGAUGUGUACAGCUUUGGAGUGGUUCUCUUAGAGAUAAUUACAAGCAAACCGGUCAUUGAAAAAUCCUUUGAGAGGACACAUAUUAGUCAAUCGGUGAAUCUCAUGCUUACAAAGGGGGACAUUAAAAACAUUGUUGAUCCAAGAUUACAUGGAGAUUUUGACAUCAACUCUGUCUGGAAAGCUGUAGAAAUAGCAAUGGCUUGUGUUUCUCGGGAUUCCACCAAAAGGCCAACCAUGCAUCAGGUAGUAAUGGAAUUAAAUGAAUCUUUAGCAAUUGAGAUAGCUCGUGCAAAGGCAGGCAGUAACAAUAAAUCAAAGGACCAUAAUGCAGUGAUUGAAUGA